CCGAGCAGGGGAGAUUCCCGGCUGCAGGGCCAGGCUGGCCGGGGUGGGGCAGGGCAGGAGAUGCCCUGGCAGCGCCCGUAGCUCUCCCUCCUCUGUCAGCGAGAGGGCGGAGGGACGCCCGGGGACUACAAGUCCCGUCAGGCGGCGGGCUGGGCUGCUCCGCGAAGCGGCCGGAGGGAGGCCGUGUGCCCGCGGCAGUGCUGGCAGGGAGGCGAGGGGAGAUGCCGGCGGCGGGGUCCGCCGAGGGGGAGGAGGGCGGCGGCGGGGACGCCGCGGUGCCGCUGAGCCCGGCGGAGCAGGCUGGGCCGGGCGCCCCCAAGCUGUGCGGUUACCUGCAGAAGCUGUCGGGCAAGGGCCCGCUGCGGAAUUUCCGCAGCCGCUGGUUCGUCUUCGAUCCCCGCCGCUGCUACCUCUACUACUUCAAGGGCCCGCAGGAGGCGCUGCCGCUCGGCCACCUGGAUAUCGCCGCCUCCUGCUUCAGCUACCACCAGCCCGAGGCCGCCGCCGCUAGCGGGGACGAGGCCGCCGCCUUUGAGGUGCACAGUCCCGGCGGCAUCGUCACCGUGCUCAAGGCUGCUACCCGUCAGGACAUGACAUACUGGCUUCAGGAACUUCAACAGAAGAGAUGGGAAUAUUGUAACAACCUUGAUGUAGCAAAGAGGGACAGCAGAACUUCACCUACACCCAGUGACUUUUCCAAAGGUCUUGUUGCCAAAGACAAUAUAGAUUUGAAUAUCCUGAAUCCAAAUGUCUCAGCAGAGAAAGCUAGAAAUGUCCUAGCUGUGGAGACUGCUCCCACGGAACUGGUAGGAGAACAAGCAGCUUGCCAGCCAGCACCGGUCCAACAAAGUGCUAUCAAUUUCUCCCUAAAACAAUGGGGUACUGAGAUCAAAAAUUCAAUGUCUUCCUUAAGAUCUGGAAAAGGAAACAGUGAAAAUCGUAAGAGUGUGUUUUAUACCAGCGAAGAGUGGGAGAUGUUAGAUCCAACCCAAAAGGACUUAGAGGAGUCAAUGGCACUGGAAGAAAGGCGGAAACAUGCAUCAGAAGGAAACAAAGGAGUGACUAGUUCAGCCUUUCCAUUUGAUUUUGGCCGUAUUCCAUACAAAGCAAGACGUCCAUUGAAAGAAAUGAUUGUAUCAAGCAAAAAUCGGAAUAGUAGUGACACAUCUCCAGUUGAAUGGAAUUCUGGGAAUGGCAACAAACUAGCUUCUGAAAUGCAACUGAAGUUUCAAAGCCAGCAAGAAGAGUUGGAAAGGCUAAAGAAAGAUUUGUCGAGCCAAAAGGAACUUGUGCGACUCUUGCAGCAGACAGUCCGGUCUUCCCAGUACGAUAAAUACUUUGCAAGCCAUCUUUGUGACAGGGUUCCAAAAGACAAAUUAGAGCUGCUACACCAAAAAGAUGAUCAGAUUUUGGGUCUCAACAACCAGCUUGAAAAGCUAAAUCUGGAAAAAGAUAGUCUCCAGCAGGAAGUAAAGAAUCUGAAAUGCAAAGUUGGAGAACUCAAUGAGCAGCUGGGUAUGUUAAUGGAAACAAUUCAAGCCAAAGAUGAAGUGAUCAUGAAACUCUCUCGUGAGCUCAGUGAAUGUGAGGACAAUCCAUCCUCCCAAAGUGGAACAGCAAAUUCUUCCAUGUUAUCCUCUUUUAACAAGGAACUACAGGAGCUGGACAGACUAAAAGACAAUCUUCAGGGUUACAAAACCCAGAAUAAAUUUUUAAAUAAGGAGAUUUUGGAACUUUCUGCUCUACGAAGAAAUGCAGAAACAAGGGAGAGAGACUUGAAUGCAAAGUGUGCUAGCCUGGAAGCCAAACUUUGUCAGAUAGAAAGUAAAUACUUGAUCUUGCUUCAAGAAAUGAAGAAUCCUGUUUGCUCUGAGGAACAGAGCCCUGCUCGUGAUGUCAUUACUCGUUUGCUUGAAGAUGCUUUGAAAGUGGACAGCAGUGAGCAUCCAGAACAAGCUUUCUUUAAACCUUUCCUUGUCAGUGAACAUGAUAUUUAUGGGUUUCAGACAGUCCCAGAAGACGAUGAGGAAGAGAAAUUAGUAGCAAAGGUGCGAGCCUUAGAUCUGAAAUCCAUUUCUCUCACUGAAAACCAGGAGAUUUCUACAGGGGUAAAAUGGGAAAACUAUUUUGCAAGCACAAUGAACAGGGAGAUGAUAUGCUGUCCAGAACUGAAGACCCUUAUCCGCUCUGGAAUCCCGCAUGAACAUCGUUCCAAGAUGUGGAAGUGGUGCAUCAACCUCCACAUUAAAAAAUGCAAGGACAGCACUGAUCCUGGAUAUUUCCAAACCCUGCUUCAGAAUGCCCUUGAAAAACAGAAUCCUGCAUCCAAACAAAUAGAGCUGGAUCUCUUGCGAACUUUGCCAAACAACAAGCAUUACUCUUCCCCCACUUCUGAAGGGAUCCAGAAGCUAAGAAAUGUCCUUCUGGCAUUUUCAUGGAGAAAUCCUGAUAUAGGAUAUUGCCAAGGUCUCAAUAGAUUGGUAGCAAUUGCACUUCUCUACUUGGAACAGGAAGAUGCUUUUUGGUGUCUGGUUACAAUAGUGGAAGUUUUCAUGCCUCGUGAUUAUUAUACUAAAACUCUGCUAGGCUCUCAGGUUGACCAGCGAGUGUUCAAGGAUCUAAUGAGUGAGAAACUGCCACGAUUGCAUGCUCACUUUGAACAAUACAAACUUGACUACUCACUCAUAACUUUCAACUGGUUUCUGGUGGUAUUUGUGGACAGCGUGGUCAGUGACAUCCUCUUUAAAAUAUGGGACUCUUUCCUAUAUGAGGGAUCAAAGGUCAUUUUCCGGUUUGCCCUGGCUCUUUUUAAAUACAAAGAAGAGGAGAUCUUAAAACUGCAAGAUUCAAUGUCCAUAUUCAAGUACCUCCGAUAUUUCACUCGCACCAUUCUUGAUGCUAGGAAACUGAUCAACAUUGCUUUUGGAGAUCUGAAUCCUUUCCCGCUGCGUCAGAUCAGGAACCGGAGGACCUACCACCUGGAGAAAGUGCGCUUGGAGCUAACUGAACUUGAAGCCAUUCGUGAGGACUUCCUGCGUGAACGGGAGACCAGCCUAGACAAAAGGGACCUUAUCAGUGAUGACGAAGAAGAUAGUUGAGAGAAUUCAUUGACUUACACUCUCUUUUGGAAUCGUGACCAAAGCUUAUUGAGUGGGUUAACUUCAAAUACACUUCUAUUUUAUUAAUCCUUUCAAACUGAAUGUUAAAUAGUGGCAUUUGGAAAUAUGCAGGACAGAUUUCCAAACCUCAGCACUUUCUUUCAAAAAUAUUGUUUUGUAUCGGAGGCCAAACAGUUCUGUUUACACCUGUGUUCAUGCAACUGUAUAGAGCACUUAAAAAUUAAUAUCUCUUUCAAUCAGUUAAACAGCUGAGCUACCAGUUGUUCUUCUGAAGUGCCUCAUCAGUGUCUGUAUGUGAAGUAGUAGCAUAGAAAAGUCCUUGCUCUUUUAAUCUACCAUUUUGUCUCAUUUCUGAACUUGUAUAUUAUACUGAACAUAGUUAUACAUUUUUAUAGCACAGCCCCACAACAUGAAAAGACAUCAUUUUUCAGUUUCAGGCAGAUGCACAAAACUGGCUUUCAUAGUAUUGUCAUGAAUAAAUCAGCCAUUAUUUGUGUUACAGCUGAGAGGAUAUGGAAUGGAACACAGCAAGAGCUUUCAUGUUGCUCUGUUUCUUUAAAGGCAGCAUGAAAAUGGGAUAGCUAAAAAGAAUGUGUGUGUGUGUAUAUACUUAAAAUAGAAAACAAAUAAUCAUUUAAUCUUUCAGACUACUUUAAUUACAGUGCAAAACAUAACAGUUGUAUUUAUUUUGAACAGCUGUUUUAUUCAGAUUCCCCUUAAUGCAGAGGAAAAUGUCCACCAAGUUCUGUUAUUUAAUCUUUUUGUUUUUCUUCUGGCCACAACUUCUCAAAAAAUGACAAGCAGCUCUUAAGGAGGAUGGAGUUCACCACAGGAGUCCCACAAACAUCUAGCAGAUAUUCUGUUGCUUAUGUUGUAAAGUUUGUUUUUUAUGAAGUCCUAUUCUUCUCCCAGUUUGGGGUCUAAACUAGGAUGAUGUUUGGAUUUUAGAAAAGCACCCAAGGGAACAACUUUUUUCAUGAAUAUAAUCUAUAUAUUGCAAUGUUUACAUUACAGUAUUCUUAGAAAGGAAAACAAAUGUUUAGCCAUUCAUCAGAGAAGCCUAAAGGCCACAGAGCCUGUGAAGAAGUUGGUUAAAAUUCUUUUUUUGUGGAAAUAAACCAUAUAACACACUUCCAGAAACAUGCUGCUGUGAAUGCUGUAUGCAUAUGUAUCCACGAGAGAGCUCAGGAAACAGACCAUGUUAUUCACUUACCAUUGUCUCUGACAUUGUUACUAUGAAAAGCUUGUUGGAUACCACUGUUCUUUCACUUUGAUGUAUGCUGUUAGAGGACCUGAUGGAUUUUUCUUACUUUGUUCUCGUUCUGUUUAGAUUUGUUUAUAAUCUUCUUUCCCAAGCUUUUCAAUCAUCAGAAUGUCCGUUUGAUCAAAACGUUACCUUUUUGAGAGCAACAGAAAACAAGAAUUCAAACAAAAGUCAUUAAAUAUCUCUCUC